UUUAUUAAAACAUAUUAAAUUUUGUUUUGUUCUUUAAAAAAUUUCUCGCGUAUUUCCUCGAAUUUCUAUAAAAUGUCAUUACUGAUAAAUUUUCAUUCUCUUUCGCUUAUACAUAUUUAUGAGAAUAAAGUGCAGCUAAGAAGAAGAGGAAGGUGUUUACUUCUUAAACGGCAACAAUAUUGCGACAAGUAAUGUAUUAAAUUUUCAUAAUAAUUGUUUGUCAACUGUUUAAAAAAAGCGUUAUAAAAUGCUGAAUUCAUAAACAUUGCAAAUUGGGUUAUGAGUGUAAAAACUGUCAAAAGAAAAGGGACCAGUAUUCUGGAAUCCUCACGAUGAAGAAGUCUAAAUUAGAACACGUUUUUCAAAAACAUUCGAGCAUAUUUAAAGAGGAACAGCCAUUACUUUUUGAGGAAGAAACAUGUGAAAAAAGAAAUUUUCCCCGGAUACGAUGUGAGAAUAUAAUUUCUCAAGGAGCUGUUAAAUUUUUGGAAAAAUGGCCAUCGCAUAUUUAUUCGACAUUUUUGUUGGGAUGCUCUAUCAUCAGUAUUAUUUUAACAUUUAUUCUAAUCACAAUUUUCUUUUCGUUUUCUACUGGAAAUUAUAGAUAUCGAGAAACGCGAAAUGCAAAAGAAGAUUUGUAUAAUGUUUAUUUUAUCAAGCAUGAAAAUCACACCUGGUCCCGAAAGGAAUUGUGUUACAUAGAAACAGCAGCACAUAAACAUCCAGAAUUAAAUAUCUAUUUAAUAAAUCUUAUAUCAGAGGAUUUUCCAAAAGACAAUACAAUGCAAGUUCAAUUCACCGAUAUGAAAAAUUUAAGUUCAUUUUUCAAUUUUCUAAAGAUUCAUGAUCAAGAGAGAAAUUUUAUUCUACCAAAAGAUUUAUCUCCGGAAAUGCUUGUUCGAAUAAAAAUUGCAAACAAUAAUUUCAAUGUUCGAAAUAUUGACCUACCAAUGGAACAAUUCUUCAAGGGAUCAAUAUUACAAAAUGUUUAUAAAACAUUAAACAAUGAAUUAAUAGAAAUGGCGGCAAGAGCUAACAUUUUAUGGAAUUAUCCCGGAAUUGCUUUGAAUCCUAAAAUGUUUAAUAGCAUCGACAAUGUAGAAAAAUAUUUCUGCAAAAGAAGCGAAAAAAUGUGUAAACUUGAUCAGGAUUUCAUAACAGAAAUGCGAGGAGACUUACAAGCUUCAACUGUAUCGUGUCAUGCCUUCGCAGAAUUUUUCAUGAAAGAAAUAAUAAAAAAUCCACUAUCAACACAAUUUCACGUACUUCAAAAUGUUCUAAACAAUUUUUGUCCUAGAAUCAAUAAUUGUUCAGGAGUUAAAAUUGUCAACGAAGAAUCAAAUUAUUUAACGAGUGAAAUUUCUUGUCCAGUAACGUAUCCCAACGGAGAAGUUGUAAAUUAAUUUUUAUAUUGUAUAAUAAAAAUUAAAAGAAGAAAUAUACGAAAAUAAUUUUUAAAAAAAGCUGCCAAUAAAGAUAAUCGU